AUGUUUAGGGGUUUAUGUUACAUCAUCUUUUUCUUUCUUUGUCUCAUCCAACAUGUUUUCCCCGCCAGAAUUCUUCCUCCAAUAUCACCACCUGAAAUAAACGUGACAAACCUCUUAGAAAACAACACGUGGCACGACUUCUCGAAGUUCAUAGACACAGGCAAGGGAGCUAAAUUUCCUGGCAUGUCUGAGCUCAAGAAAUACUUCUAUAGAUUUGGUUACAUGGAGUCAUUUGACAAUUUCACUGACGAAUUUGAUGAGACACUAGAAACCGCCGUCUUGAGCUAUCAACAAAAACUCGGAUUACCUGUCAGUGGAAAACUCGACUCCAAUACCAUUAAUCAAAUAAUGUUACCAAGGUGUGGUGUCUCUGACACAGAUAAAGAUCAUAAAAUUCAUAUGCAUAAACAUUAUGCAUUUUUUAACGGUGAGCCAAGGUGGCAUCAAAAGACAUUAACAUAUGCCUUUUCAACAAGUCAUAUGAUUGAUUACAUUAGUUAUUCACAAAUACAAGGUGUUUUUCAACGCUCUUUCGCGAGGUGGGCAUCUACUAUUCCAGUAAACUUUACGGAAGUAGAUGAUUAUCGUAAAGCGGAUAUAAAGAUAGCUUUUUAUCAAGGUGAUCAUGGUGAUGGUGAAGCAUUUGAUGGGGUUUUAGGGGUUUUGGCUCAUGCAUUUUCACCAGAAAAUGGUAGGCUUCAUUUAGACAAGACUGAAACAUGGGCCAUUGAUUUUAAAACUAGUGGGUCAAAUGUGGCUAUUGAUUUGGAGUCAGUUGCAACCCAUGAAAUUGGACAUAUACUUGGGCUGGCCCAUUCUUCUGUUAACGAAGCGAUUAUGUACCCAAGUUUGGGUCCGAGAACUAGAAAAGUGGAUCUUAAAAUUGAUGAUGUAAAGGGGAUCCAAAUGUUAUAUGGCUCAAACCCGAAUUUUAAGUACACUCCAUCUAUGGAGUCGGAUAUAUCUUCGGGUUAUCGACCUGGAGGUAGAUGGGUAAAGUGGGUUACUAUGUUGUUAUUAGUUAUUGUUGGUUUCUUAGUUUGAUGACAAAUUUAAUUUAUUCUUUUUUUUCCAUCACUUUGGAAAAAUAAUACAAGGUAAUUAGUUUUGUUUCAAAAUAGUGAAAGUGUACAAUAACUCGAUCUAAAAUAGCUAAAAAUACAAAGAUAAUUAUAUGAAAGAUGUGGU